GUAUGCUAGUUUUAAGGUAUUUUUCUAUGGGCCACUAGUUGCCUGAAAUAAAGAUUUUCAUGAAUUAAUUUAUACAAUCAUUUCAUUUCAUUCAUUAUGUAUGAUAGAGUCACGCAACAUAGGCACAGUGGUUGCCGAUUUGCGGAAAAAUGCCCAGCAUAACUAACUACCUAUGAAUGAAUCUGUUUUUGUUGAUUACUUUUCGCAUAACAUUCACCUUUUUUACACUCGUUGUUACAUCUACACCAUUUCUACCUAUUCCCACAUCUGCGCGGCCCGCGCUCCGUGUUAGCCACGGCUCACACCGCGCGCGAUGGCAACGUCGCUAUAUCUCGCAUCGCGCAGUAUCGCGCCGCCUUCGCUUUGGUUCGCUCGCCACCAUGUCGAAGAUCUACAGAGAAAAACUCAUCGACGAAGUGAAAAAAUAUCCGGUUCUGUAUGACACUAGGCAUGAGAACCAUAGAGAUAUUGAUGUGAGAGAUCGCUGUUGGGCAGAGAUAUCGGAACGGUUGGGAGAGAACAGCGAGAUUCUAAAGCGAGAAUGGAAAAUCCUCCGCGACUCUCUUCGACAGUCCCUCAAGAAAUGUAAACAAGGAGUCACUACCAAAGCGGGCACACCGUGCAAGAAGUGGCGGUUUCAGAACCGCAUGUCCUUCGUGCUACCGUACAUGACCAUCCGAAGAACGCAAAGACGAGUAAAAGACGUAAAGAUCGACGAAACAGAAAAGGACAUACAAUCAGAAGCAGAGUCGGAAGCCUGGGACACUGGCUACGGCGACCAGGAUUCCUUGGAGCUGUUCUUCGCCAGCGUCUGCCAGAGCACCAAGAGACUGCCUAAAACUUAUCAGAAUCAGGUAAAACGGCAAGUCCUCGACGUACUGCUCAGGAUAGAAGACGAAGCCGAAGGUUUGGACACCAAGACUGCUCUCAACAGGAACUUUUAACUGGUCAGCUUGGUUCUGACCAACUAGCGUCUAUUGAGCGCCGGCGUGUAGUCAGUACUAUGGAAAAUGGCGUCGCUGCGCAGUUGCGCCAGAGUGGCGUCGAGCAGCAGUCAUAGAGUUGACUAGAUAGAUCGCGAGCUAGGAAACGAUUUCCAUGACCAAUCGCCUCCCGGGCGAAAACUCGUAUAGUGGGAACGGCUAUGUAUGAUGAACCCACGUGGACGUCAGUUGCCGCUCUGUUGGUGGGUUGAGGAAUGGCAGCCACCGAAACACGUAAAAAGAAAUUGUCAUCGCCUCCCGUAUGAUACUUAGUCAGAUGAUAGUUCAGAUGCUAUUGUUAGUUAAAAAUUUUAUAUCGCUGCGGUAAUAACGUCAGCUGGUCGCAUGAACAUGUAAAUAAUAAGUGCUUUACCUUUUUAUAAUAGCAAUAAAAAAUCAUGAAACUUUGCAUGUAGCAUUUCAUCAGGUGAAACGCCCGAAACGUCAUAACGGAUUACGCAAUUUACACAUUACGCAUACUUGGGGACAUAAAGUAGUAAGGAGCGUAUUUUUUACAUGUUCAUUUUACAGCUGACGGUCUUUCCACUGCGAUACAACUGCUGACGGUUUUUCAUUUAAAACAGCAUCUAAACUAUCUAAACAUCUGACCUAUCUAAGUAUCAGCCGGGAGGCGAUGACUGACGAAAUAGACUCCUGGGCCGCGGUCUAAGACGCCGACGCUCGGCAGACGCUAGUGUGGGGUGGCUCCAAGUGACCAACUCUCUACGCGGCUAUCACACUUAUCGGGAUUGGGGUUAUUCCUACUAAUUAGGUACCACCAAUUUGUUGCAAGUGGUAACUACUGAGAAACAACAUCCCACUUACCAUUAAAGCAACUUGAUGGCAACUACUGGGAUUUUAUUUUCUUCGUUGCUACCACUAGGUAACUAGAGGCAAUAUCAGUCAUCGCCUCCCGGUUGAUACUUUUUCAUAUGAUGGUAUAGAUGCUAUCAUGAAUUUAAAAAAUAGUCAGCCGGUUCUAUCGCGCUGGAAAAUCAGUCAGCUGGUCACGUAAACAUGUAAAAAAAUUGUUUUACAGUCAUCGCCUCCCAAUAGGUACUUUGUCAGUUUAGAUGAUAUUAUGAAUAAAAAAAUUGUCAGCCGGUUGUAUAGCGGUGGAAAGACCGUCAGCUGACGGUUUUUUAAAUACAGAUCUGUUCUUGGCUCGCGGUCUAUUAGCGAAAGCGUUAAGACGAAAGUGGACCCGCGCAAAAUAGGGGUGGGAGGGUAGGGUCGGCAACGCGCAUGUAACUCCUCUGGAGUUGCAGGCGUACAUAGGCUACGGAUACUGCUUACCAUCACGCGGGCCGUAUGCUUGAUUGCCACCGACGUACAACACAACUAGUUUUAAGUAAUUUGUUAUCACAAUUAUACAUUUACUUAUUUAUUA